AUGUCCGACGACGAGAACCUCUCCAUCUACGAUGAAAUCGAAAUAGAGGACAUGACUUUUGACGAGGCGCUGCAGAUGUACCACUACCCGUGUCCCUGUGGCGAUCGAUUCCAGAUCCAACUCGACGACCUCCGCGACGAAGAAGAUAUUGCCGUCUGCCCGAGCUGCAGCCUGAUGAUCCGCGUCAUCUUCGACUUGGAUGACCUCCCUAAGCCUCCGCCGUCUGGUGAUUCGGGGUCCCAAAUUCCCAUCGCCGCCUAA